UGACUUUAUAGGACAGUAUGUAAAUGUUGACAGCAAAUACUGUAUGACAUACUAUAUACUGUACCACAGUAUACUGUAAGUAAAUAUAUGUUUCAGUACAUCACUGUACCAAUGUACUGUAGUAUUGUAAUGGAGGGUUGGUCUAACUGUUUGUAGGCCUAGUAUUCCAUGUAUAUUUUUUGUAACUCCAUGUUCUCUUUUUGUAGAAUUGAAAGACUGCCACAUGGGGGUGGGAGGACAGGUAUGUUCUCCCCACACCAAGAGACCCUAAUUGUUGAUAUGGUCCGUGAGAACAAUGCCAUUAAACAGUGAAAUUCAGCAGAAGAUCAUUGAGGACCAUGUAAAUUUUGAGGGUAUCAACAGUGUCAACCUCUCUAUUGUUGAUCGUGUCCUUGAGCGCAACAGACUGCGCAUGAAACAGCUAUACAGAGUGCCCUUUGAUCGCAACUCAGACAGAGUCAAAGAGCAAAGAUUCCAGUAUGUACAGAGGGUUCUUCAACUGGAUGCAAUGGAAAGACCCCAUGAAUACGUGUACAUGGAUGAAGCUGGGUUUAAUCACACCAAAAGGAGAAGGAUAGGCCGUAAUGUGAUUGGCCAUCGGGCCAUUGUUGGUGUUCCUGGGCAGCGUGGUGGCAAUGUCACAUUAUGUGCUGCCAUCAGCAAUCAUGGGGUUGUCCACCAUCAUGCCAACCUGGGGCCCUACAACACUCACCAGCUCCUCAUUUUCCUCAAUCGCAUGCGAGAUGCUCUGUUAGGUCAGCAGGAUGAGCAUCCCAUCUAUGUUGUUGUUUGGGACAAUGUGAGUUUUCACAGAGCCCUCCAGGUCAGAGAGUGGUUCAAUAUGAACCAAGGUUUUAUCAAUCUUUGCCUUUCACCGUACUUCCCUUUCCUAAACCCCAUUGAGGAAUUCUUCUCCUCAUGGCGGUGGAAGGUAUAUGAACACCAACCUUACACCAGGGUACAUCUCCUGCAAGCCAUGGGACUUGCCUGUGGUGACAUAGGUGUGGAGGCACGCCAAGCCUGGAUACAGCAUGCCAGGGGUUUUUUCCCCCGUUGCCUGGCCAGACAAAAUGUUGCCUGUGAUGUGGAUGAAGUCCUGUUGCCUGACUCAGUACGGAGACUUGAUGCUGUGGCUGAGUAA